AGAAGAAGAAGGAGCGCGCCUAAUCCAGAGUUCUACCUCAAACUGUCACGGUGGCACAGAGAUUUUUAUAGUAGAAGAGCUACUUGCUGCUUAUUCAAGGUGCGUCUUUGGUCCUCUGUCCUCAUGACUCGGGUCUUCGUUUACGGCACUCUGAAGAAGGGGCAGCCCAACAACUACCGCAUGUUCGACAGCAACAAUGGAAAGGCCGAGUACCUGGGUUCGGCGUUCACCUCCCAGAAAUACCCGUUAGUGAUCACCACCAAGGACAACAUCCCUUUCCUGCUCAACAUCCCUGGCCAGGGUCACCGAGUGCACGGGGAGAUCUACAAAGUGGAUGACCAGAUGCUGAAAUUCCUGGACACUUUUAAAAGCGUCCCAACGUGGUACCAGCGGACGGUGGUCCAGCUGGAAGUGAAGGAGUGGGUGGGGAAGACGGAAGGAGAGGAGAAGGUGUCACCGGGGAGCAUCACGGACGUGUUUGUGUACACCGCCACAACGUACAAGCCAGACUGGCGCUCGCUGCCGUGCUACGAGAACUACGACUCAGAGGGAGAUCAUGGGCUCAAAUAUAAUACGGAAGAAAAGCUAUAAAGGGACUGAUCUCAGAUCUAAGAAAAAGGCAUUCAUAAAUGUUGAUUUCUUUAAUUACUUAUGUCUAUUUUAUUUUCAUUAUUUGUCUUUAAAUACAGCCUAGAGGCUGUAUUUGUUGUACUUGUUACAUUUGUUUAAUUAACAAUUAAAAAAUAAAAUAUUUUUUCCUUUGGCA